GUCAUAUAUUCUACUCCAGAAGAAAGUGUUUAUUUAUGUUUGAGUAUCAAAUAUGGCUACAAAAAGGCUUAGGGAUACUAGGAAUUAUAGUGAAAAUGCUAGGACCUCCAUCUUAGAUAGAAGAGUAACAAGUUUGUUUAAGAAAGUAGAAGAACUCUCUAUUCUGUGUGAUAUAGAAGUCGCUAUAAUUAUUUUUAAGCCAGGGAGUAUCCAACCCAUUGCUUGGAAAUCUGCAAGUCUGGCUCAGGAUGUCUUAACAAGGUAUUUAAGUUGUGAAGCGAAUGAUGAGAUUAAAAGUAUUGUCAAACAUGAAACCUAUCUUCAAAAGAAAGCAAAAAAGAAAGAAAAAGAAAUUAGCAAAUUAGAGAAAAUGAAUGAGGAGAAGGAAAUGGAGCUCCUUUUCAACCAACUAGUGGAGGGAAAAAAUAUUAAUGAACUUGAUGCAAGACAAAUGAAAGGUUUGUUAAAGGUGUGUGCUGCUAAAACGGCUAGAAUAAAUGAAAGAAAGGAACAACUGAAACAACCUCUAAAUCCUCCAUCUAACAACGAAAAUGUCAUCCUACCAGCAAGUCCAACAGGAGAUUUAUUCAAUGACUCGUGGUUUAUUGAGACGAUGACUUCCUUAGGGUAUGGAAGUGGUAUAAGGUAUGGAAGUGGUACAAAGUCUGCACCAACAAAAGGCAAUGACACCAAUGUUGGAGAUAAUGGACAUUCCAAGGAUCUCGAUUGA